GAGUAACAAUGAUGAUGUCCACAGGGUGACGCUAAAGCCGCAUGUAGUGAGCCAGCUGCAGUCAACUCUCCGUGAAGAAGAGCUCCGCUUACCGGAAGCAUGGCGGGGGUUGUGUAUCGGUUCGAGUCCCUGCGCUGUGGGAUCAGGAGGUAGCCGGGGUGUCAGCAGAGGCUCCAGCCGCGAAACAGUGUCGGAGUGACGCCCGAGAAGAGAGGCGGCGUCGGUUUGUUUCGAGGAUCCGACGAUGGAUGACAGCCUCGGAGGUCGGCGGGAAGCAGCCGCUCGUCUGAGGAGUAGACUGCCCGCUGCCGCCGAGCUUGGAGCUAAUGUUAGCCCGCAAGAUGGCGAGAUAAUCGAGGCACACACAGCCAGAGAGAGUCAACCUGGUCCGGGCAGACCGAGUGCGGCAGGUGGGAGGAUGGAGAGGAGGAACUCGCUCACACCGCAAGGCAUCUACCAAAGACAUAUGCCCAUGGCGCCGGACAAGUUUCACAUACCGAGGAAAACCAAGGAGCAGAAAUCUCUGUUCACCCACGUCUCCACUGAGUCCAGGGAGUACGAAGAAAUGAUGACCAUCUUGACCUCUAGCUACAUUGAGACCGGCUCUGCUGGCUGCUUCGCUUACUGUGACCCUCGACUUGUCCACAGUGAGCUGUUGGAGAAAGAGUUUGUGGAAAAAAGGAGGGAGAUGAAGUCGGAUGGGAGGACAGACAAGGAGCUGGAGGAGAGCUACUGUUUCCUGUUGACUGAUACUGAUAAGCUGCCCUGGAUCUGUGAGAAGGGGCUGUUUGUGGCUCAGAGCUGGAUCACAGUGCUGGGAAACCCCAAUAAAGGAGUGUAUCUGUCCAGGUACUCAGACCUGCUCCAGCUUAACGCCAUAACCCCUGGAGCCACGGGGGAGAUCCUCAUCUUCAAAGUGAUGAAGGGCAAAGUUAAGAGUAUCUAUGAAAACAUGAAGAACCUUCUAGAUCCAACGCCUCGCUUUGACAGUCACAUCUCCAAGAAUGCCAGCAAAGUCACAUCGCUCACUUCCUACCGCGGCUUUGAACUCACACAGCAAUACUUCUACGAGUAUUCAUUCGAUGAGGUGCGGCAGCGGCCUCGCCAAGUCUGUCCGUACGCUGUCAUCUCUUUCCACUUUAAAGGAAAAGAUUCUGCACUUCCCACCAAACCUCUGGCCCUCAGCAGGUUGAACAGCCAGUCAGCACAGAGCAUUAAAGAGCGUGCUCAGUUCACAGUGUGGUCUGGUGAUUUGGUGAAAGGUGACAGAGUUCUCUUCCAGGUCUCCCUUCGCUCCUUCUCUCCUCCCUUCCUGCCCCACAGACUACCAGAGAAGUUGGAAAUCAGGUACUUGAUGAGGCUUGAGCAGGUGACCAAGCACUUCCCAUCCGACCUGUUUUCCUACAACCUCUACAACAGCAGUCAAGAAGUUUUUAAGGACGGUCAUUACUGCACUCUGCUGGAGGUGACUGAUCGAAGUCGGUCGACGACCAGCGUGACAAAACUGCUGCAGGAGUUGGAGAUGAAGAGAGUGGUUCUCGUGACUCCACUUACAGACAGAGGCUUUCUGUUCAUCCUCUCCAGUGUUCAGAUGGCCACACCCACUGAGCGAGGUGAGAGCUGGAAGAGGUGUCUUCAAGCCUUGUUUGUCUUCCCGAAGUCCAGAGAUGUGGCCAAAUCCACAUUAAGGUGUGCCUCCUCUUCUCAUGAUGCCUCAGAGUCGUUGAUAUCUGGUGACACGCUGAUGCCGCGGCUGAACCAGUUUAUUCCAGCACUGCACCAUGCUCUGUUCAAGUCCCGUGCCAACCCCCCUCCAGAGCUGUCUGCUGGUGUCGAGCGCCAGGCACGGGAAUACCUAAUCGGCCUGAACAACGGCAAGGUUCGACAGUACCCCAUGAGCAAAUAUGAACUCAAAUUUGAUGAGCAAGGAAAGGCAUAUUCAGCUCCCAGCCACCACAAAGUGAACAUGGAUGGUUAUCUGCACUCCUACUUGCACAACCCGGCUCUCUACCUGCUGUCGGUGCCCCGGGCCAGGCUAAUGAUGGAGACGUACUGUAGCGCUGAGGAGACGCAGGAGGUGAAGCUCAGCAAGAGCUGCGGAGGCCAGAGAGAGGCGACGUCGAAGACGCCCAGCAACGUGAAAGACGGACAAACCAACACUCAAAAGAUGCAACAACUGAUAGAUCUGGUUUUAACCUGUAAGAGAAAUGCAGAGAAUGAAGUAAACAAGGAGGAUGGAGUAGGAGGAGGAGUAGUGAAAGCACCGGGAAGGAAGAGGCGACUGGAGCAGGAGACAGCAGAGAGGGCGUUGAAGUUCCUGAAGGCAUCACAGGAACCUGAAAGGCACAGCAAGAUUCCAGUCGAAGGAAACCAAGUUCCCGCCUCUCCUGGAUCUCUUGCGUCUGUGAUUGGCUCAGUUGGUUUGAAGGACGUUGAUCUGAGGGAAGAUGGAUCUGAGCUAGCUGCCAGACUUAUCAGCCUCUUGACAGGCCUAAAUCAGGCUGCCACGGGAACAGCCAAUCAGAGUUUUCCUGAAGUGCAAGAGGAGACUCAAAGGGAAUCCUGUCCAUUCGAUAGGUUGGCCACCAAGCUGGGUCUGCCCACCAACUGUGACAUCGACCUGAGGAAGCAGGAGGAGCUGGAGGAGCAGACAGCGGGCAGCGUCAGUAGUUUGGAGGGAUUCAGUCCCAGUUCCCACAGCGGGGAGAUGAAUCACCACGGAGGAUCAGGUAGAGGAGGAGGAGGAGGAGGGCUGGGGAGGAGAGCAGGAGGAUAUGAGGAGGAGGAGGAGGAGCAGCAAGUGGGAGAGAUCCCGUGGGUCCUCAUCCCCAUUACAGGUCUGUGUUCAGAGCGCUACACCCAGAGAGACAGAAAUAUCCCUCAGGACCCUCGCUUCCAGCACCUCACCACGGCAACAAGCAUCACCAGAACAACCAAACCUCCCAGGGAGAGCCCCACCCCAUCUCCAGAGCCCAGCCCUCCUCUUUCCCCCUCUCAGUGCCCGUCCCCUGAGCCCAGCCCUCCUCCCUCCCCCUCCCAGUGCCCAUCACCUGACCCCAGCCCUCCCCCUUCACCCUCCCAGUGCCCGUCUCCAGAGCCCAGUCCUCCCGCUUCCCCGUCUCAGUGCCCGUCCCCAGAGCCCAGCCCUCCCCCUUCACCCUCCCAGUGCCCGUCUCCACAGCCUAGCCCUCACCCGUCUUCCUCCCAGUGCCCAUCCUCCAAGCUCAGCCGACCUCCCUCCCCAUCACGGUGCCGGUCCCCAGAGUCUAAUGAGCUCACCCUGUUUAACAAAGACCAAAGUGGUGCUAACGAGGAGCAGUUAGCCCCGCAAACCUCCAGGGACUUUGCAGGAGUGUCAGAGGAGAAACCUCAGGGGAAAGAAAAGAAGAAUGAAGAUCCAUCCAUCUCUGCAUCCGUCCAGCCGUCUACCACUCCAGCUCCAGAGAGGAGGGCAGACUCCUCACCAUCACCCACCGAGCGAGAGAAGGAAGACACAGUGGAGGUGAAGGAAGUACAAGCCAAACCUUUACAGGAGGAAAAAGACACUCAUCCAGUUAAGAAAGUGCAAAAGGUGGAGGUGGAAAUGAUUCCUCUGGCAGAGAGUGAUGAAAAGCAAAAGGGAGAAUCAAAGGAACUGGAAGUUGGUGUCUCCUUAAGUCCUACUCGUCCCCUCAGACACAUUGACAGCAUCGUGGACAGACAUCUUAGCGACUUCUCUUCGGACAUGCAGGUCAUCCUGCAAGAGGAGAGCGUCCACUUCAGCUUUCCACAAGCCCCACAUUCCACUUCAAACACCACGGCACAUCGACACACACACUCACACACACCCAUAUCUCAGUUUUCACAGUACGUGUCUUUCUACCACCCCUGCCCACCUGUCCAGGACUACGUCUGCUCGCUACAGGACAGCAUUAGCAGCAUGCUAACAGAGCUCGGUGAGAGCUUGCCGGGCCACCAGCCUGGCACCAGCCGGACUAAUACUGAUGCCACGCUGGCGUGCAAAGUUAGCGCUUUUGUGUCCAGCAUCCGAGCAGCUAAUGCCAAAAUGGAGAAAGAUGAUGAUGACGACGGACUCUGCAGUGCACCUACAGCUGCUGAUGUUGAUGCUUCAGUCAGUCAGACUCCUUCACUCUGCAGAGGAGGUCAAGUGUGGCAGACACAUGCAAGCACCGAACAGUUCCCUGAUGCUACAAACAGGAACCCCCAAACUUCUCAUCUCACUUUACCUGUUACUACCUCUGUGUUUGGGUCUGUCUACAAGCCCACAAACUCUCCCGUCCUCACUCCUCCACAUCCGAACGAUUCCCCUCCGCUCCACUGGAAACCACAGCAAAGCUGCACUUUAGAAAUCAAUAGAACAGUUGCUCAUAAUAUCAGACAAACACAAGACAGCAGCGUCACCAGGACCAUGCAUUGUAACGCCGGCGUAGAAGAUGGGAGUAGUCUCGCGGGCACAAGCAGUGAGAUGACUCUGCCAGGUUUUGGUGCUGUAUCUAAGCCUUUGACAGAAGCAUCGCACCUGUCUGAGCCAGCCUCCAAUUCGGCUUCUGUGUCCAUCCCUGGACCUGGCUCGGCGCUGAGCUCCCUGAUCAGCCAGCUGCAGCCGGAGGUGUUCAACAGCCUGGUGGAGAUCAUCAAAGACGUGAGGAGGAACUCCCUGCAGUUCUACCUCCACAGCACAGAGCCAGAGGACCAGGUGUUUGAAGACGUUAAGGAACACCUGUUGAAGCAGGGUAACAUGGAGCAGAGUCCUGUAUCGUUUCUGAGCCAAGAAAACUCAGACAACCGCCUGCUGGUCAUCAUUAAAAACAAAGACAUCGCUGGACACGUACACAAGAUCCCAGGGCUGAUGUCUCUGAAGCGACACCCCUCUGUGGUGUUUGUGGGAAUCGAUACACUGGACGACAUCAGGAACAACAGCUACAACGAGCUCUUCGUCGCUGGAGGCUGCAUCGUUUCUGACGAGUUAGUCCUCAACCCAGAUUUCAUCACUCACGAUCGACUGGCUGCACUGCUGAUGUUCCUGGAACAGCACAGUUCUCCAGAGAGCAUCUGGAGGUGGAAAGUUCACUGCAAAACCCACAAGAAACUUAAAGAACAAGCCAGGUUCAGGAGAGAUGCAGCCAACCUGCUGGAUGUACUGUCAGCCUAUCAGAAGCGGCACAUCGUUGAGUUCCUCCCGUAUCAUCACUGCGACAUGAACCAUCAGUCACCUGACCUGAACUGUCUUCUGGAGCUCCAAGCCCGAUACACACAGAACCGACACACAAUCCUCCUGACGGAGCAUCAUUUUGAUAAGUUCCCUGCAUACUCCAGUGGCGGCAUCAUCGUGGCCAGUAUUGAAGAGAUUCUGCAUGACUUCACCAGACUGGUCGGUUACCAUGACAUCAAAGACAAGCAGCCAAUCAUGGAUGACAUGCUGGCUCCCAAAGGUCUCGGGGGGCAGCUGAGUCACAGUGACUCUGUGUCUGAACACUCUCCCUCUAUCUUCCCAGAAAACGUCCAUUCGCUCUCAUCCCGUGACCAACCUCAACAUCUCCUCCAGCAGUCGGCCUCCAGCCUCCCUCCUCUCUCACAUCUGUCUGACCAGCUCGUCCCAGACACCUCCUGUAAGGAAGGCAUGCCGCACCACUCGGGCAAAGACUUUGAGGACCUUCGACUGGCCAUCUCGCAGUUACGGGCCGAACGUCAGGCCCAGCUACAGCAGCAGCACUUAGACUCCCAUGCAGAGCUCAGCACCCUGAAAAGCUUCAUUCCCAAUCCUGUUCGUACAGGUGGCCAUCACACCACCCAAGGAGGCCCCGCUGAGUCAGUCCAACUCACUUCAGGCAAAAAAGCAGUGGCAGCCUCUCUGGAGUUAAUUCACUCAAGACUGCAGUCGGAGCUGAGCGAGGAGGAGAAGAGGGAGGCCAGGGGAGAGGGAUGGAGAAGUGGAGGAAGUCAAGCAGGAGGUAGAGAGACUGGAGAUCAGAGAGACGGUACUCCAGUAAGACUGAUGGGUUCACUGGGAGGAAACCUGGGCCUCAGUAAUAGUGACACGUCUCUCCCUCCGUCCAAUCAAAACACAGCUGCAGUGACAGGACAAAAUAACCCAAAAGCAGAUCAACAUGGAGAAUCUGUGUUUAAACACGACGCAGCCUCCUCCGGUAUCACAGCCUGUCCUGUAGAGGGCGACAGAUCAAGAGACACACAGUCAGUUCAGGACCAGCCAAUAAGAGGAGACGGAGCACCGCCUGCCACCAGCACGGUGGGAACUGCCAGCAGCACCAAGUUAACAGGAAGUACCACCAUGACAACAGACCAGGAGGACAACUCAAAUCCUGCUGUGUCCCGCCUACAACAGCCUCAACAUCUGCAGCAACUAAACGAGCAACAUCAGCUCCAGCAAAGUCUGUCGCACCUACAACAACCACCUCACAGCCAGCAGCAUCAGUGGGGCGCCGGACUCCUGCAGCAGCCCCACCUGCCUCAACUCCCCAACCAGCAUUUCUCCCACGGCCCUUUUCUAACCGCCAUGGGUGCUCCCGGCAUCCUCGGGCCAACGCCUGUCUGGCCAGGGUCUGCUCUGGUGUGGGGUCCUAGACUGCUGGGGGGGUACCACAACUCUGCAGUUCAGGGCAACAACAGGUACAGGGGAGGACAAAGAGGUGGAAGCUUUAAUGGGAUGUAGACAGCCAGUAUAACUCCACCAGCUGACCUCAGAGGAGAGGCUGAAACACGCACAUCCCAAAUACUAACAGGUGCUAAAGAUGGAGUGACCACGCUCUGUGCAGCUCCUUUAUCACCACAAAAUCAUUGUGGAGUCCAACCCUGAUCCAGGACUGUGAUCAGAUUCAUUGACAGCGUCUCAAACAGACAUCAGGAGAGUUUUAAGGUGUAAAGUAACAAAAACACAACUUACUUUGACAGGAAGUCACUGCAAAUCCUUUCAAAUCAAAGACGGUGGCUACAGAUCUCAGCGUAGACACUGAAGACUGAACAGAACACUUGACAGCCCGAACACAAACCAAUGACGAACAUUAGUUCAUAUGUUGGAUAAUGGUGAAAAAAUCUCAUCAAAAAUCUCACAAAAAGAUCAUUUACCAUGUGGUGAAUUUGUAUUUUCAAUCAUUUUAAUGAACGUCUGAGUGACUGAACAGUCCGAGGUUCAGCAGUGACCCACAAUUUUGACAGAUCCUGGAUCAGGGCUUGGUGAAACAAUGUCACUCUGUAGAAAACAGCACUGAAUGCCCCCAAAUAAAAGCCCCACCUUGAUUUGAUGCCAGUAAAGAUGAACCUUUGUAAAGUGUCCAGAAUAUGGGAACGUUCUCUUCACCUACCUACUGUAACCACUAACUGUUGAGCUGUUAGUGCUGAAGCAGUGAGAAGAACACUGAUGGAAAAGGCCAUAUCUCCUCCUCUGAUGUGUGUUCAGGGGAUUUAAAGAAAAUAUGUUGAGUGUGAAAUGUUUGUCUGCCAUGUUUUAUUUAUCUCAUGAGAGAGAUCGGACCUGACGUGUACAUAAGUUUAAUUUCUGGAGGUGUUUUUAUAAACUGCUUCAUAGAGGUCGUCUUCUUACUGAAUGAUCUCUGCUUUAAUAAGUUCAAGAGUUCAGGAGUACGCUGCUCUGAGUCAGAGCAUUGACUAAAAUGUUAAACAGCACUGGUUGGAUUCUUUCCUAGCUUUCUUGAAUGCACCACCACCUUGACUGUUUUGGUGUCUUUGAGUAACGGUUUUCUAAACUCUGGUUCGCUUGAGGAUCCCUGACAAUGAAUCUCUUAAAGGGAACCUCGCAAUGUUUUCUACAGUGAGGAAACACGAGCUGCUCUUUGCAUCGAGGUGCACGCUGGUUCUUAAAGUGAAAACUGAGACUUUGGAAGAACUUAAAAAAAAAAUUAAAAAACAUGGACGGACUGCCUUACACGUCUUCCAGUGAACUCUUUGUCUUGUAAAAAACAUUUUUUUGUACUGAAUGUUUGGUUUCUUAUUCUGAGAGCUGUCUGUAUUUAGUUGCUGUUGUAUGUACAGUAGGAAGUGACUCUGUAACAGACUGGUUUUAACUCGUCAUUUUUAUGUUUUUUUUUUUUACAUCAGAAGUUUUUUUGUAUUAAAACAUGCCUGCGUAAACGA